CUUAGCUUCUUCCGGAUGCAAACAGUGGGGUUCUUCACUUUAAUUGCCGCAGAUGUAAACUGUGUUCUUUCGCCUUGCUUGACACUUUAAAUUGUAAAAGUGUAGGAAUUCAGUUUUAUAAAAAUGUUGGUGAGUCAAAGAACAAGACCUCGAUGCCGGGAGGUAACCGGACCUACUCCUCACUCUGUUGCUGUAAAAGCCAAGUUUCCUUCUUCAAGACCUGCAGAUUAUUUGAUUUUGGAGAGGAGGCGUCAAGAACAAGCUCGUGAGCAAGUUUUUGCCUUUACUGCCUAUCAGAAGCUUUGUGACCUGAAGAAUACAUGGGAAAAAUACACAGACAGACAGAUAAUGAAGGCAACUAUAGAAAGAAGGGUUAAUGAUGCAAUGGAGCAGUAUAGACAAGGCAUUGAGGAAAGGCGAAAAAGGCUUCAAGAAAUGCUGGAGGCUGAGGAGCAAGACUAUAUCAGAGAAAUGGAGUCCAUGGAAGAAACAACAUUAGAACGACAAGCGAAAAUGAGAGAGAGAGCAAAACUGUUGAGGGAAAAGAGAGAACGUGAAAGACAAGAACUUGCUGCUGAAAAACGUGAACAACAAUUCAGAGAGCAAUGUCAGGAGCUACGUUCUGCAAUGACCCGGCUUCAUCAGAAUGAAGUGUGCACUGAACGAUCUGCACAGCUGGCUCUUAAGGAAGAGCUUCGCAAACAACAGAAACAAGAAGAAGAGUUCUUUGCAAAUAUCUGGAAUAAAGACAGGUUAGCCAAGGAAGAAAGAGAAAAGAAAGAAGCAGAGAAGCAAGCUGAACUGAACAGGAAAGCAUUAGAUGUGAUUCAAGCCCAGAUGGCAGCAGCAGAGGCUCAGAAACUGGAAGAAAAGCACCUAAAAGAGGAGGAAGCACGAUUAAUGGGAGAAAAAGUGCGUCUGCAUAAUCUAGAGGUGGAGCGUGCUCAUUUGGAUAAGUUGAAGAAGCAACAGCAGACAAGAGACAAUUUAGAGAAGUCAUUACGAAUUAAGAUGAAACAAGAGGCUAGAGAGCAGCAAGAAGAGCUUGCCCUGGAUAUAAAGAUUAUGGAACAGCUUCUGAAGGACAGCCAUGAUGAUGCUGAGGAGCAGAGGCAAAGAAAGCUGCAACUGCGAGAAGAACAGCAAAGGUAUCGACAGUACCUGGCCGAGCAACUGGAGGAACAGAAACGCAGUGAGAAAGAAAUGGAUCAACUUAUCGGAGCUGAGUUGCAGAAAUCCUGGGCGAAGAGAGUGGCACAGUGGAAGCUGGACAAGGAGGCUAGGGAUCGUCUUAUGAAGGAAGUCAUGGAAACACGGCAGCUACAGAUUCAAGAAAAAUUGGAUAGAAAUGCAAAGAAACAGGAUGAACUUGCCGCUGAUAAAGAGCUUUUGGCUAAAGCUAUUGAGGAACAUAAGCAUUUAGAAGAAGAAAGAACUGCCCAGCAAAAGAAGUAUUCCGAACAGUAUCAGAAGGAUCUUAUUGCUCAAAUGGAGUACCAGCAAAUGAUACGCAAAGCAGAGAAAGAAGAAAAUAAGCUAGAGUAUGAAUCAGGAUUGGUUACAGAAAAAGCUUACCAAGAAAAACUGAAGGAUCUCCUGUCAAGACCAUAUGUGAAGGAGGUGCAUCCCUGGAGAAGAGCUCGCAUUUCCAGUCCAAAAGACUGGCUUCCAGCUUAGUGCCAAAUUACAGUGGUUACUAUUGUUUACCACCACCUUUACAAUGUAUUUACAUUUCACUGCUAGUGGGAUAAAUCUAAGUACUUUCCGAUCUAAGUCUACUUACUGAGACAUUUCUGUGAUGUAACUGUCACACCUACAUAUGAAGGUUAUUUUUAAAGUUAGUUUUAAAAUGGGUUCUUGUUGAUAAUUGCACCACUGUAAUUUCCUAUGAAAAGAAAUUAAUUUUCAUACUGUACAGAUGGUUUGAUUGGAACUUCCUCUGUAAACUGUGCUUUUCUGUUUUAGCACUCGCUAAAGAUAUCAGUACUAAGGUCUUAAAAAUGAGCUGAUAGAAUGAGCUUAUAAAAUAGUCAUUGCAUAUUGUCCUUUUCAUCCCUUUUAACAUUGAUUCAAGCAACCUUGAUUGAUGCAAACAGACUAAGUAAAAAUUGCAGUUAUAUGAUAAUGCAGUGCAAAAGACUGUAACAUGUGCAUGUCUUAGUCUCUCUUCAUCCUGAUAGAUCAAGUUCUUUCAGUCAUGCAACAUCAUUUCCUGUGAUAUGCAGAAUUUGAGGCAAAUGCUGGAACAUUGUUAGAUUUCUUUAAAGGGUAGUGGCAGAAGUCUGCUAAAUGCUUGUCUUUUUUGUCAGCUAGGCAGGAGAAAGUUUUAUUAUUGCUAGACAAGAAUAAUAAUGUUGUGAAGUAUAUUGACUUUUGGUGAAGUAAUAUAACAUGUCAGUGUGAAAACAGAUACACCUUCAAAACCUUUUUUAUGUUUUGUACAUAUGGAUGUUUGUUGUUCAUUUGAUUCAUUUUGACAGAUAAGUGGGCUAGACCAUAAUGAAGAAUGCACUGAGUACAACAAUGCAAACCAAAUAAAUGAAAAUGUAUACUCAGAGUAUAUAGCACCAGUGAAUUUAACAAAGAAAUAAACACAAUGAUGGUGAAACCCCA